UUGUUCAUCCCUGGGGAAUUUCAUGGUGAUGACGUCAUGGCAGGACCGGUAUGUUCAGUAAAGACCCGUGUGUUCAUUAUAGUACAAUAGAUGUACAAUAUUGAUCGCUUCCUCAGGACGAUAAUCAUGAUGAAUGUUUAUAUUUGACGGAGUUUGGUCCAAAUUUCAUGUCUGUCAAUACUCGUCCUUUAAUUAACAUUUGGAUUCCAUCUGUUUUUGUACAAGGAAAGUCUCCAAACAUUCACCAUUCUUAUCAGGUUUAUAUCCGUAUCAAAGACGAUGAAUGGAAUGUUUACAAAAGAUACUCGGAUUUUUAUGCCCUAUAUAAGAAGACAAGUAAGCAGUUUAAACCUGUUGCACAAUUCACGUUUCCCGCGAAGAAAAUUAUUGGAAAUCGUGACGUCAAUUUUGUGGAAACACGUCGGAAACAAUUGGAGAAUUACUUGAGAAAAUUGAUCAAUUAUAGUCUGGGUGCUGUUCCAGAGUUAGGUGAAAAUCCUUGCAAGAGUUGUUUGUUCAAAUACUUUCCAUUUUUCAUGCAAACUUCAACGGUAUCGUCUGUUUCAACGACGACAACGACAACACAAACUGUUCCUUCUACACAUAAAGGUUAAAAGGUAAAACUUGUAGGAUGAAAAAAAGAUCAAAGAAAUUGUAUAAGUUAUAUUGUAUAUAUAUAACAUACGUAUAGUUCAGUAUAUAUAAAUAUAAUAUGUCUACAAAGUAGAAGAAUUUCCCGAUGCAUCAACUUCAAGGACUCUUUAUUGUAUGUGUUGUAUACAGAUAUAAUUUGUCAGUAUUUGCUACUAUAUAAUAGUACAACAUACUGGGUUUUAAUAAGUUAAAACAUAAUAUUUAACUUGAAAUGAAAACAAUCGUAUAUUAAAUACAUCACACGAAACGUA